AUGGCCUCCGGCUGCCCCGCACCAGAUGAUGUGGUAGACGACCAGGGGAGACGUUUCUCGAAGAUACUUGUUGCUGACGUCGGAAAGCCGCGGAGACCUAGUCUCGACUUUUUAAAGCCUCUCCCACCUACGCCAGCUCAUCCACCACUCCCAAAACUUGAUCGUGGUGUCCUCCUCGGUGCCGCGUCCCCAGAAGUUGCACAGGAAACUGAAGAGGAGCCGAAAGCCCCAGAAAAUCCCACGACGAGCUCCUCGCAACGGCCGGGGACAUCGGCUUCAUUCCUGAUUGGCAGGUCCACGGAAUCCGGGCGUAUCCGUUUCACUCAGAGCUUGAAGCCGGCUGAGGAGAUCCUACGCAAACGUCUCAUCGAACUCGACGUGGCGCCGGAGGAGUACAUCGAGGAGGACAACGCAGCCGAAAGCCUUGAGCUGGACGACUCGGAUUCGGAGCAGAACCCCGAAGACACAGCCUCCACUUCUCAGGUGGACCGCCCCGACGUCCCGGCUUCACCUUCGAUAAUUGAGGUCGAGCGGCUGCCAGAAAUCGACAAGCUAGAAGAAGCUAUCGACUUCUUGGGCGGAGACAAGCUCGGCCAGUUGUACGACCGAUGCCGGGAACAGGACCCGGAAAAAGCAGGCAACCUUACGGCGUCGCGGGUUUUGAAGGCGUUCAUCGACGUCGUACCUGGGGCGAUGCGUCGGAAAAGCGUUUGGCGCGAGCUGAUCAUCACACUGGCCCCGGGGGAUGAGCUGAUCAACUACACAACGCUCCUCGGGACGAUCAGCAAAAGGAAGUUGCAGAUGGAUGUCGACACUGGCCCGCUCCUGACGGAAGCUCUGGUGCGUGAGAUCGGCCAGCUGCUGCCCUCCAGACCAUCGACGACUCAGGUCAAGAAGGAGCUGACACGACGCCAGGUCAUCGCCGAACUCGCUGCGAUCGCCGCGCGGGACCCGACGAUCGACUUGGAGCGGUUGAAGCUGGUCGGCUUCAAAACGAAGCUGGCCAUUGGAGAAAUGCACGAUCUAAUCUCUUCUUGCGGGCUGUCCACCGCGUUCGAGCCGAUCUUCGAGCGUCUCCUCGCAUCUUUUCAGACUCAAGACGGACAAUUUCAUUUCGGCGCUUUUGCUGGUUGUCUGGAUCGACUGCGGCGACACAUUCCGACUUCUGGCGACGUC